AUGGGCCCCUGGCACAUUUUUGCGGCCGGCUGUGCCACGGGCGCGGCGACAGCUGGGUUGCUGGCCUGGCUGCGAAGCUCACCCGCUCGCGGUGGUGCCCCAGUCCUGAGCGAGGUGGGGCAGUUGGCGGCUGCGAUCGCGGCACUGACGCAGCAGGUGCAGCAGUUGGACACCACCAUCAGCAUUACGGCGCCGCUUCGAAACGAUGAUGAUGAGUUUCAAAUGGCCUCAGACGUCCUCCGCAUCGAAGCUGAACGCCCCCCACCUAGUCAUCCAUUAGCUACCAGCAGCGGCAGUCCAAUGGUGGAGGUGACCGUGCGGGCUGGAUCGCCCGGUCCCGAGCCCGUGCCCGUUGUGCCCAACCACUAUGCGACGGCAGACGAGUUACGGGAUGGUCACAAGGUUGAAGAGGCCGCCGACUACGUCCUUCAACAUCAGCAACAGUUUUUGGCCGAUGCUGAAGGCCUUUGGCGUCUCUGCCGAGCCUACUAUGACAAGGGGGAAAUUCACAAGGACAUCAAACAGGAGCAACUGAAUGCCGCCAUUCCUCGCGGCAAAGACGCCAUCGCCAAGGACCCCAACAAUGCACGUGCUCAUAAAUGGUAUGCGAUUGUCCAAGGUGCCCUGUCCGAUUUUGUAUCGCUUCAAGAGAAGCUUGAGUGCGGUAUGCUCUUUCGAAAGCAUGUGGAGCGCAGUCUGGAGCUGGAUCCCUCUGACGCGCUCGCCCACCAUCUCUUGGGCCGUUUUUGCUUUGAGGUGGCCAAGUUGACCUGGUUUGAAAAGCAAGCCUGCAAAACAUUUAUCGGCACUCCCCCAGAGGCAACCUAUGAGGAGACCCUGAGCCACUUUGAACAGGCGGACAAGUAUCAGCCCAACUGGAUCAUGAACUUGCUUUUCAUGGGCAAGUGCUGCGUGCAGUUGGGCCGCAAGGCUGAUGCCAAACGCUACUUUCGUCAAGCCGCCGAACUGCCUGCCGGGACGCCCGAGGAUAACACGGCGCAAGCCGAAGCACGACAACUGAUGUAACUGGAUGAAGCUGUUUCUGGCCACCAAGCCGAGGGCGGUGCGCGGCCGGAUGGCAUUUGGAUAAAUUGGUGUCAGAUUGGGAGUCGUGCAAACCCCAUAAUUUACAACAGAAGGAUAA